GUGUGAACGAUCUCAUCAAACCGGAAAAGGUAAUUCUGGUGGAUAAAAACGGAGAUGAGUGGGUGAUGGAUCUCAAGGUUGACAAUAGAAGUGGACAAAUGUGCAUUAUGAGUGUUAAUGGUUGGAAGAGUUUCUGUGCUGUGAAUGAAGUAGGCGCAGAGGAGUCUCUAACUUUGGAGUUGAUCCUAGGAGCCGCAAGUCCUGUGCUUAAAUUCUGCUCUAAGAUGGAGCAAUCACCAUUAGAACCAGCAGAGGCUAGGGCGCACAAGCGAGCUCGUGUUCAAACAUGCAUCCAGGAGAUUAGACCGAAGCUUGAGAUUAGGGAGGAAACAGCUGAAGAAGGAGAACCCUCUCAUCGCACUAGGGCGUCUGACAAAACAAUCACUAAUCGAGGAAACUUGCGUGAGACACUACCUUCCUCUAUCCCUAAUCAGCUGAUGAAUAAGGUGAAACAUAGCGUUUUGUGUACUUUAACUAGUAUCAGACUGUUUCGUGAAGAGCUCAAGACUAUGGAACAAAAACUAGAAGAUUCAUUGAAAGACAUAGACAACUUAGGUAAUGUUGUGUGAUUUGCUAUGUUCUUAUAAAUAACUAGACACCAUUGUAACUCAAUCUCGCCUUUGCAUUUUGUAUGUUAUCUUAUUCUCGGUAUGUCU